CUGCGCAUGCGCACGAUGAAUGCCACGUACUGGUUGACGUUGACAGUCUUGGAGGCUUGGAGGACACUUCCUGAUGCUGGUACCCGGGUCUAGCUAGGCUAGCUAUAAUAUCUUAAUUUCACGGUUUAGGGAAACCUGUGGAACAGAGCGCGGCCAAGUCGUCUGAUUCAGUGGUGGGAGCAGAAGAGGUCGGACGGCACCAUGAACGGCCAGCUGGACCUAAGUGGGAAGCUGAUCAUCAAAGCCCAGUUGGGCGAUGACAUCAGACGCAUCCCAAUCCAUAACGAAGACAUUACCUACGACGAGCUAGUGCUGAUGAUGCAACGUGUCUUCAGGGGAAAGCUGCAGAGUAACGAUGAGGUUACCAUCAAAUACAAGGAUGAAGAUGAUGACCUCAUCACCAUCUUUGACAGCUCUGACCUCUCCUUCGCCAUCCAGUGCAGUAGAAUACUCAAACUGACUUUGUUUGUGAACGGUCAGCCGCGGCCUUUGGAGUCAAGUCAAGUGAAGUACCUGCGCAGGGAGCUCAUUGAGCUCAGGAAUAAAGUCAACAACCUCCUGGAUAGCCUGGAGCCCCCAACAGAGCCGGGCCUGGCUGCUACAGCUCCCGACAGUGAAUCAGUGGACGGACGUGAAGGCAAGCUGAUGGCAGCAGACCCGUCAGUGAAGCAGGCCACUCCAGUCAGUGCAGCCAGCAUGUCAGCCUUCGACCCGUUAAAAAACCAGGACGAGGUCAGCAAGAAUGUCAUCUCCGCCUUUGGACUGAGUGAGGACCAUGCCCCAGCUCCACCAGCGUCUCUGUCACUAGAGGAGCGUUCAGGAACACCUGACAGCAUCGCCUCCUCCUCAUCUGCAGCUCCUCAGCCAGUGGCACCCCCCCAACCACAGGCUCCCUAUGCCGGAGUACAGCAGGGCCCCCCAGCUGCCAUGGAUGGUCAGAUGUACCAGCAGUACCAGGCUCCAGGUGGAUACCCCCCCCAGCAGCCCGCUGCCCCGCCCCAGCAGCCGCAGCAGCAGUACGGUAUGCAGUACUCUGGAUACAGCACUCAGCCAGGAGCCCCUCAGCCGGGCCCCCCACAGCCCCAGGCCCAGCCCCAGCCCCAGCAGCAGCAGUUUCAGAACUACCCAGCUCCCUCCUCCCAGGCUCCAGCCCCCGGUGCAGCUCCUGCUCCGGGCUUCCAGGGGGGCCAGCAGCAGCCCCAUCCAACUCAGGGGGCCCAGCAAUAUCCCCCAGGAGCCUUCCCUCCCCAAAACUAUACCUCCCAGGCCUCCCAGCCUGCCAACUACAACAUGCCGCCCAGCUCCCAGCCCGCCGCAGGGUUCCAACCCCGCCCAGGAUACACCCCGCCUCCAGGCAACACUGUCACCCCCCCCACCCGGUCCCGGUAACCCAUACGCCCGCAACCGCCCCCCUUACGGCCAGGGCUACACCCAGCCCGGCCCUGGGUACCGGUAAAAGAGGAUAGCGGAUGAUCCUCACACAUGCCCCCCCAAUCCCCUCCCUCUGUGUGGCUCCAACUGUUUCGAGUGGGUGCAGGAAAACGCUGCUCUGCAUCCCCUUCCCUACAAAAAUAUCAAGUCCAAACCUAAAACAAGCAACCCCCCCCCCCACCCAGUCUGAUGGUUAGUGUUCGUAUGCUGUCUCUCCAACACAACACUCUGCCCUGCUGUCUGUUCUCUGUGUUACUUCCCCCCUCCUGCCACCCCCGCCGGCCCUCUCGUAUCUGUCAAUAUGUAAGUAGUCUGUAUGCGCACACACCUGGGAGACCAAAUCAGGCUGUUGCACACCGCUCUGUACAUGGUAAUGCUUCAUUUUGCGAGUGAGAUCAGCGUCCACGCGUGGUGCCGAUGACAGAUAUCUCAACCCGGUCGAGUUUACUAUGUAUAGACGCAUUUAUAUGACACUAUCUAAAUGAAAAGUUACCCUUUUGUGCUUUGUUUUUGCUCUGUUUGUUGUUUUUUCUCUGGAUCUGAUCAACUUCACCACCAUGUCGGUAUUAAUGAUGUGUUAAUGAAACUGCCCCAUGUCAUGUCAUGAAGAAGGCUUCUUUCGUUCAGCCAAUUAUAUAUCAUCUCCAGUAAGGCUUGCUAUUCCUCUUUUUUUCUCUUUAUCUUAUCACUGGUUUUUACUAAUAAAUCAAGUUCCACCCUCGAGUGAGAUUAGUUGUUUAUGUAUAAAAUGUAACAUUUUUUCUUGAACCUAAUAAAUGAUUUGAGACCCA